UUCAUCACCAACCCACACACAAACAAAACACACGCACACAACACAGCAGCAGCUGCUGAAAAAGAAAGAAGAAAGAAGGGGAAACUGAAUCAGGGAAAGCGGGAAGAGGGAGAUUCGAGAAGGAGAGGGUGCCGGUGGAGGUGGGAAGUCCGCGCCGCCACCAUCGCGUCACCGUCGACAAGCCUCGUCGCCGUCGCCAUUGGAGCCGCCGUCGAGGCAGAGCCGCGGAGAGGGAGUAAGACGCGAAGGAGAGGAGGCCGCGGGUGACUGUCCUCGAAGCCUCCGUCGUCACUGUGUAGAGCCGCCGCCGUCGUCAUCAUCGCGGGCUGCUGCUGCGCGUGUCAUCGCCGCCACCUCUGGGUCCGUCAUCGUCGAGCAGAGCCGUGGGGAAGCCACCGACGUCGCUGACGAAGAAGAGGGGAAGCGCGAGAGGGAGCCGCCGGGGAGAAUCGUCGCCGUCGCCGUUGAGCUCCUCCACCGCCGUUCGGCUCACUGGGAACGUGGCUGUGAUCACCGGAACCACCAUCGGAGUUACCGCUGUUUCAGUUCAGCCGUUCUUCCUUGUCUGGGAUCGGGUCUUGCAUGCUGAGUUCUAUGACUGUUGCGUGCGACAUCAAGCUGCUGCGUCGAUACCGGAGCUGCCACUGUUCUGUUCUCUGGUUUAUUUGAUUAUGUUUUGGUUCUUGCGUGCCGUGAUUAGAGUUGCCGAGGAUGCGGCUGCCGCCGUUGCGGGCCGAGAGAAAACGGAGCUUUAUUGCGCGGUUGAAUCGCGAACGAGCGUCUAUUGUUCUACCCCCCAUCUUCGCCAGCCGCCGCUGUUGCUGCCACUAUGGGGCUGCCUUCUGAUAGUUCUUGAUAUUGACCGAUAGGGGGUGUACAUGGGCCAGGACACACCGGGUUUGCCCUAAUCUAGACCCGACCCGAAAUAUAUACUGGGCCUAUGCUAGGGCUGGGUCUGGGUUUGGGCAAACCCGGUGUGGCCCGGCCCAUGUACACCCCUAGUGAUUUGUUCUGCCCAAAUAGAGCCUUUAUUUGCUUGUGUAUGAUUAAACCUUGCUGCUUUAUGACAGAAUGAAGUUGCCAUUGCAAUUGAUCAAAUGGAUAUCAAUGGGCAUGGUGAUGCUGAGGAGAACGUGGGAGAUGCUACAGAAAUACAAAUAUAGUGCUAAGAAUUUUGCACUCUAAAAAAACUAUAGGUAGGUUAGAAGAUUUCAUCUCUUAGCGAGACAUAACAUAUUGGAGGACAUUAUGUUGUUGGGUUAAUGACUUAAUACGGAUGGUUCUGCAAAAGAAACUGCUAUACUUUCUUUGCUUUGCUUCUCUGUGUUGAGUUGCUAUUGGACUACCCUUCAGAAAGCAUGACCCUCAUUUUCAGCGCAACCAAGUUUCGUAAAUGUGCCAUAUUACUCCACAACCUGAACUUUGCUGCACCCACCUCUUGUCCUUCGCUUAUGCUUCUUGGCAAACAUGUUGGAAAAGCACAAGGGGCUUCUUAUUCAACUGCAUUACCAGGCAAUGGUGGUUUCUUGAAAGACGAAGACUUUGGAAAAUCAACGUUAGCAAUGGACCUUGCUUCUCUCGUUGAGGAAUCCUCCAAAAUUCUAGAGAGUAAACCCAGAAGUAGGAUGGAGUUCAAUAGAUUUCUUGAAAACCGAAUAAAGAAGAGGGUGAAGAAUCAGUUUGUGAAUGGAAAAUUUCGUGGUCUAAUGCAGAGCAUUUCCGAUGGAGAAACUCUACGUGAUGCUUAUAAUUGCAUCAGGAUCAACUCUAAUGUUGAUGCAGAGUCAAGAUAUGACAGUUGCUUUCUCGAUGACUUGGCAAAACAGCUCCAAGAUGGGAGUUUUAAUGCAAGUGCAAAUACUUUCUUUGUCUCAACAAGAGGAUCGAAUGACAAACAAGUUCUGUUCCUUCCCAAUUUGAGGUUGAAGGUAGUCCAGGAGGCCAUCAGAAUAGCUUUGGAAGUUGUUUACAAGCCACAUUUCUCGAAGAUCUCACAUGGCUGCCGAAGUGGUAGGGGUUGUGCCGCAGCAUUGAAGUAUAUCCGCAAAGGGGUUUUAAACCCUGACUGGUGGUUCACGUUGCUUGUGACCAAGAAGUUGGAUGCUGCUGUCUUGGCUAAGUUGAUUUUGGUAAUGGAGGAUAAGAUAGAAGAUCCUGCUUUAUUUGAUUUCAUUCGGAGCAUGUUUGAUUCUCAGGUGCUGAAUCUUGAGUUUGGGGGUUUCCCAAAGGGACAUGGUCUUCCACAAGAAGGGGUCUUGUCCCCUAUUCUAAUGAAUGUAUACCUUGACCUGUUUGACACCGAAUUCCACAGGUUGUCAAUGAAAUAUGAAGCUAUAUAUGAUGGAGUUGGAAUGCAUAAUGAUCAAGAUAACUCCUGCUCCAAGUUGCGUGGUUGGUUCAGGAGACAGCUAGAUGGUAAUAGUGAGUGUAUAGUUGAGAAGAAUUCCAGCGUCAAGGUUUACUCUUGUCGCUUUAUGGAUGAAAUGUUUUUGGCAAUAUCUGGUUCCAAGGAUUCUGCUGCUAAUUUUAAGUCCGAGAUCCAAAGUUAUUUGAAGGAUUCUUUGUUAUUGGAUGUUGUUCAAACGGAUUUAUUGCCUUGUGAAGGACCUCGUGGGAUACGCUUUCUAGGAACGUUAGUCAAAAGAAGUGUUACAGAGAAUCCUGGUGUAAAAGCUGUUCACAAGCUAAAAGAAAAAGUAGAGUUAUUUACAUUGCAAAAGGUAGAGGCUUGGAAUUAUGGGACAAUUAGAAUUGGGAAGAAAUGGCUAGGACAUGGUUUGAAGAAGGUUAAGGAAUCAGAAAUCAAGCAUUUAGCUGAUAGCAGUUCUAUACUGAAUAGGGUUUCCUGUUACCGCAAGUCUGGAAUGGAAACUGACCAUUGGUAUAAACACUUAAUGAAGAUAUGGAUACAAGAUGUUCAAACAAAACAUGCAAGUGAAGAAACUAUUUUAUCCAAGUGUGUUGCCGAACCAGCUCUUCCGUUAGAGCUAACAGAUUCCUUUUAUGAAUUUAAAAAACAGGCAGAGCAGUAUAUAACUUCAGAGGUAGCCUCUGUUGUUGAGCUUUUGCCAAAUAAUAACAGCUCAUUGGGAAAUAUGAUGACAAAAACUGAGAUUAUAGCUCCUCUAGAAGCAAUAAAAAAGCGUCUUUUAAGAUAUGGAUUGACCACUUCUAAUGGAUUCCCCCGUUCUACUAAUUUGCUUAUCAUGCAAGAUACAACUGAAAUUAUUGACUGGUUUUCGGGGAUCAUCAUCCGCUGGAUAAAAUGGUAUGAAAGCUGUGCUAACUUUAAUGAGAUAAAAAACUUAAUAUCAGAUCAAGUUAGGAAAUCUUGCAUUCGUACUUUAGCGGUGAAGUACCGUGUGCAUGAAACUGAUAUAGAAAAGCGGUUUGAUGUAGAACUCAGCAGGCUUCCGUCACCACAGGAUAUGGAGGUGGAAAUGACUAAUGAAAUGUCAGAUACUCAAGCUUUUGAAAACGAUGAGGCAUUAAUGUAUGGAAUUACUUACAGUGGUUUGUGUAUGUUAUCACUUGCAAGAAUUGUGACCGAGGCAAGACCAUGUAAUUGUUUUGUCAUAGGUUGCUCUUCUUCAGCACCGAGGGUCUAUACUCUUCAUGUUAUGGAAAGGCAGAAAUCUCCUAGUUGGAAGACUGGGUUUUCGACUUGCAUUCAUCCAAGCUUAAAUAAACGACGAAUAGGGUUGUGUAAGCAGCAUCUGAGGGAUUUGUAUCUAGGAUAUAUAUCACUUCAGUCCAUUGACUUUGGUGCAUGGAAGUGAGUGUCCACAAUUAUACCAGAAUCUUUAUCAGGAUUGGGUAUUGGUCAUGUAUUACUUCAGUCUAUUGAUGGUGAAGAACGGGUAGAGAUCAGGUAUAAGAUCAAGAUGAAUACUUAUAUCCAAUUCUUUUAAAACGUAAGAUAUACAUCAUAUACAUCCUUGUUUAGCUGGGUAAUGGCAAAUGCAGCAUGGUUUACAUGUCCUUCAAGCAGUCCUUACCACAUAACGCCAUGCUGUUUUUCCCGUUAAAUGAAGACAUUCAGUGAUUAGCAAGCAAGGAUUGGAAUGAUUUGUUCCUUUCAAAGCUUGUCUAUGUGGUUAGUUGUCAUUGAUCAUAAGGCUUGCACCAUUGGUUUUGGGACUUUCGGCCUUUUUAAAGUGUCUUAUGGGAUGCUGGGUGACUUGGUCUAGGACAAUGCCACAAUGGUUUCACCGAAUUGUGUGGCCUUCAGGGUAAUAUGUCUAUAAAUAUUGGACAUCUUGCUUAUUCCCUUGAUUUUUUACCUAUAAAUACUGCCCAUCUUCUACAGACUGCAUGCAUGCUCUUUUCUUCUGCAAGAUACAACUAUGCUUUCUUGUGGGACUUGAAGAAUGGAACCGUGGUGUGUGCUCUGCUCUUUGCUUUUAUGGAGCUGAAAUCGUAUGCAUGCCUGCCUCUGUUAGUGAUUUGUGACGAUGGAAGAGAUUCAUUUUUCUUGAAAUAAAAGAAAAAAUGCAGUUUCUCCGUUUCAAAUGAGUUAGAUGUAUACAUGUUAACAAGCAUUUCCUUAAGUUGUUUUAUAUGCUAUCCUUAUUCGUAGGCACUAAGUAUAUACUUUUUUCUGUAGAAAAAUCCGAACUAUAUGAGUGCUAAUUUGAUUCUUGUUUUCGGUGGCUC